AUGGUAGCACAGUCUCAGACGGUCCCAUUAAGGUGUUUUGUCUGUCAGCAAACAGGUCACUUUGCAAGGAAUUGCUCACAGAGGAGAUCAGGUGACCCCUAUGUAGGACCAGCCAGAUCAGUGCAGCCAUUAUCUGCCACCCGUCCGACUCAGGCACCACAGGGAGCUAAAUUGCAAAGGAAAGUGUUUGCACUAACUAUUGUGGAAGCGAAGGCAUCGCCUGGAGUGGUCACAGGUUCGACACACUCAUUCCCAUCAAAGUCUUUUGCUAAAAGGGUAGGAAUUGACCCUAGCCCACUAAAACUUGAACUUUUAGUGACUCUACGUUCUAGAAAGACUUUGGUGGAAGACACUGUAUUUGAGUCUUGUCUAGUUCAGAUUGAGAAUAGGAGCAUGUUUGCAAAUGUGAUCCUCCUAGACAUGACAAACUUUGAUGUUAUCCUUGGCAUGGAUUGGUUAUCAACUUAUAAUGCUAGCAUACACUGCCAUGAGAAGGAGAUUAUUUUUAGACCUAGUGAUGGAUUAGAAUUCAAAUUUACUGGGUUGAAAAUGGGUACACCAUCAAUACCAUUGAUUUCAGUUGUGAAAGCUAAGAAGUUACUCAACUAG